CUUCCUUCCCUAUUGGCUCCUCCUCUCGCUUCAGUCUUGAUGCACUCAUUCGGGGAAGAAGAAAAAGCGAAAAAGAUGCAGAGAGCCACGGCCGAGGACGACCCCAACGUCAUCCUUCCGCCGGACAUCAUGGAGAAGAUUUUAUCCAGAUUGCCGGCGAGGUCGUUCGCGGCCGCUGCCUCCACUUGUCGCUCGUGGAACUGCCUUUGCGAUCGCAUCCUUUCUCAGCCUAAGCUCCUCUCUGCCUUAUCUAGUGACCCUAGACUUUCGGUUGCCGUCGAGGAAGCUUGCGAGUCGGUUCUCUCGGAGCCCAUUCGGCCGCAUUUUGCAAUUUCGUUCAUUGGAAGCAAGUUUAGCUUGAAGGAGACGCUCCGACUUAUAAAAGGAAAAUUGGGUUCUUCAAUACCUAUUAUCACUUGCUAUUCCCCUGGGAUAAUUGGAAGAAAUGCUAAGACUAAGGAGUUUGACGAGGUUCAAUGGGUAUCGGACUCGGAAGAAUAUGGUCACAGUACACGGGUACCAGGGGAUCACGGGAUUGUGUUGACAGUUGGCUUCGUUCCUGGUUUGAAGGUCGCAGCCAUGCCGGUUAGGCAUGUUAAUGAGGAAGGUGAUCCCUGGUCACUGGUUGACUUAUACUUCACAAAUGUCAAACGUUAUGUGGAAUCAGUUUCUGGAAGUUUGUAUCCAACUGGAAUGAUCAUCUUUGCUGAUGCUGGUUCUGACAUGACAUAUUUUCUUGAAUCGAUGGGUUUUGGAACAGUUUUGGUGCAAGGAUUCUUGAUUUAUGCUUUUGUUGCCAAUACCCAAAUGGUUCAUGCUACCAAGCUUGGCAGUUUUUCCUAUAAUGGAAGAUGUGGAAGGGGCGGGGACAGAAACAAGGAAGGCUGCUUUUUGUUUAAUGGCGGAGAGUACCUCAAUUUUGAAAGUGAAUGCAGGAAAGUGCACUCUUCUCAAUCUUCAACUACCAAAUCUCAAGGCAGUCAUAAAAGAUCACGUGCUAAUAAGAGUUUCAUAUAUGAUGUUGUGGCCUUGGUGUUUGCUAAGGACAAAGAAAAUCUUCAUGGAAUGGGUGAUAUCCAGUUCAGUCUUGCUCUAUCAGCUGGCCUUUCAUCUGUAGGCCCAAUUUACAAGGCAGCUUCUGUAAAGUGUAUAGAGGAUAAAAUAUCAGGAUGUUCUACAUGGAUGACUGCAAGAAGGGAUGGAUUCCCAAACCUUGAUGGCCAGGCAUUAUUAGAUGACCUUGAGAGUCAGGUUGGAAACGAGAAAGCAUGUAAUGCAUUCUACAUUAGAGUCUUCAAAAGGAGGAAACCUGCCUUUUCGUUUAAGAAAAGGAAGCUGCUUGAAUUCAUUUCACUGCAUGAAGUUACUGGAGCAGAUGAUGAGUACCUUUUUGUCGACGGAGGUGGCAUUAGAACAGGGGAUUUAUUCCAAUUUUGUGCUCCAGAUGUUGAUUCAGCAUUGGCGUCACGUAGAACUGUUCUGGAGAAGUUCAGAUGCUUCAAAGAUGGAGGACUGAAGGACCACUCGAAUAGACAGGACGAACAUGAGCGCAAGAGGGUGGAGGUGUUUGGUGGGCUUAUCUUUGCAUGUAUUGGUCGUGGCGAACUGUUCUUCGGAAGGCCAUCCAUUGAUAGUUCCACCUUUUUAGAGGUCUUUCCUCAUGCACCAUUAUCAGGAGUAUUCUGUGGUGGCGAGAUUGGGCCAUGCACCGAGGAAUGUGGGGAGGAAAACCUGAGCUCCUAUUGCUUAAACAGGUACAGCACCGUGUUUUUGGUUAUGACCUACAGUCCAAAACUACCAGCUCUAUAGAGAAGCCUAGAACAGUUACAUGCUGCAAAAAGACUCGCUUCUGCUCACUUUUCUGAGCUACAAUGUUGUACUUCAUAUGCAGUUUGGUAUUUUAUUCAUCAAGCCUUUCUGAUC